AUAUAUAUACACGUACUGUCCACAGGUGAAAAUCCAAUAAAUCCGAUUUGGUUACUAACGUAAACAGCCGUAAACAGCUACAAUAAAUGACUUUACGGCACAGGUAAAAGGGCGACACACAAACGUUGUUUAUAAAAAUGAAUCAACAAAAUAAAGUGAAUCCUGUGGAUGGACAACCGCCAGCUUAUGGAAUGCAACCAGGCUAUGGAAACCCUCCACCAGGUUUAGCAAAUGUUCAACAGCAAUGGGCUCCAGCUGUACAGAGUAUGCCCGGGUGUCCCCCAGGUUUAGAAUACCUCACAACAUUAGAUCAAGUGUUAAUCAAACAACAAAUUGAACUUUUAGAAGCAUUUACAGGCUGGGAACAAAACAACAAAUACAAAGUAAUGAACAAUCAAGGACAACAAGUUUAUUUUGCAGCAGAAGAUACAGACAUGUGCAUGAGACAGUGUUGUGGGCCUCAAAGAAGUUUUGUGAUACACAUAACAGACAACAUGAACCAGGCAAUAAUUCGUCUGUCUAGGGACUUUAAGUGUUGUGCCGGAUGUUGUUGGUGUGCAAACGCUGAUGGAUGCGCACAUGAGGUUGUGAUCGAAGCUCCUGUUGGACAGGUAGUUGGAUACGCAAGACAAGAAUACAGCAGUUGGUCUCCGAAUUUCACGUUGAGAGAUGCUGACCGGAAUCCAAUAUUGAGAAUUCAUGGCCCAUGUUGUGUUCUCAAUAUGCCAUGUUGUGAAGAUACAUUUAAUGUAUGGUCACAAGAUGAUACACAAGAAGUUGGAACAAUCUGUAAACAAAAAGGUUUACAAGAAUUCUUUGUGGAUGCUAACACAUUCGGAGCAACAUUCCCACGAGAUCUUGAUGUAAAGGUGAAAGCAGCAAUGCUUGGAGCAGUAUUCUUAAUUGACUUUAUGUACUUUGAAAGAAAACAAUGAUAGGCCACAGUCCAUUGAAAUUAUAUAGCUGUAUGUUACAGUGGAAGAAUAUGGAACUCAUCAAAACAUCCUGGUUUUACUUAUCUAAACGGUUUCAUUCAUCGUCUAUUUCUAGUCGGACUUUUUAUUUGGAUCUUUGGUUUAAGAAUGGACUUAGUUCUUACAUUGUAAUAAAUAGUUUUGAUUUGUAAUCAUUCAUACUUAAGUUAUUUCAGAAUGUUUUCAAACACUUGAAACAGAUGAUUUUAUUUAAUUUCUAUUUUGUACAUUAUUUCAAUGAUUUAAGGUAAAUAGAACAAUUAUAUAGACUCUACUAGUGUAUUCAUUAAAAUAGGACAUUCACAAAUUGAAAUAAACAAUUAAUAAUUAAAAAGUCCAGGGUUCAAGAACGAUAGGUCAUUCAAUUAUGAGACUGCUUAUAUAUCAUAUUUAUUCUUAAAGGCGACAAUUGAACAAGAUUUAAAUGACGUCACCACACUAAUAAUACAAAUUAUAUGAAUCAAGAUCGGCAGUUAAAGGUUUUUUAUUAAUGAUCAUAUAAAACAUUAUUAAUUAGAUAAUAAUAGAACCGAAAAUGUACAUUCAAAUUAUGAAUAUGUCAAGAAUUAAGAACGGGUAUCUCAUGACGUAUACGUGCACAUUAAAGUCAAUUUGUAUUCAGUGUCUUUAGUGCGUUCAUGACCUUUAUAUAAAAGAAAUGGCCGUACAAGGACAGGAGAUUGGAAGUAAUUAAGAUACUCAAUGCAUCCUUUUCUUCUCUAAUAGUCAUCUUUUCAUAGUCCUUGUUUAGUUUACCUGUAUUUCACAUUUCGUUUUAUUAUUUUGGUUCUGUAAAAUCGUACUAACCGAAAACAAUUACUUAUACUAAUUUGUUAACCUUCAAAUCAUUAUAUGGAAAUGUGUCAUGUUCUCAAAAAUGUACAAGUGCUAGUCGUUUCAGUAUUGUAUACCAUAUGUGCCAUAAUUAACCUAGUGAUACCAAACGUCUAUAAAUCUUGUUGUUUUUCGUUCUUUAUGUUAUACAUUUUUUCAUGUAAACGAAAAAACAUAGCGAUAAAAUCAUAAUUAUAAAUUAACUGUUAACAAAACUUGGAUUCUUUUAAAACUAAGGCUUUUCUAAUUCAGGAAUUGGUGAAUUUAGCUGUAUUUGGCAAAACUUUUAGGAAUUUUGGGUCCUCAAUGCUCUUCAACUUCGUACUCUAUUUGGCGUUUUAAAUAUUUUUUGAUUCGAGCGUCACUGAUUAGACUUUUGUAGACGAACCGGGCGUCUGGCGUAAUUAUAAAAUUUUGAUCCUGAUAUCUGUGAUGAGUGUAUUAUAUAAGGAGAUAUUUAUUUAUUUUGAAUUAUAUCUUUAACUGAGUAGUUCAAUUUCAAAACUUAAAAAAGAUAUUGUAUAUAAUCAAUAUACUUCUUAGAAAAAAACAAUUGUCUAAUUUUUUGAUUUUCAAAAAAUGUAAUGAAAUGGAAUUGGCAUGAAGGAACUUUAAUGUAAAAGUACGAGGACUAUUUGAAUCAUUAUCUUGUCUCUAAUUGUAACAAAACUAAUAAUUCAUAUAAGUAAAUAAUUCAUUUCAUUAAAAAUGUAUGUAACUGCAAUUGGACAUGUAACGAAUAAUGACCAUAAAAUAGAAUAGUAGUCACAGCUUCGUACAUAACUUAGUAAGCAAUAUACAAAGAUUCUUUCAUACUAUAUAAUACAUCACUCUUAAACAAAUAUAAUUAUUCGAAACAAGUUGUCAAAAUCAAUUAGAAAUAUAGCAUGUCCUUAAAACCUACUACCAUGAAAAGUGUGUGACUAAAACGGAUUACGGAGAUUAUUAACUAUUUAUUAAACUAAUUCUAUUUUCCCUUUGGAAUAUGCUAGUUCAAUAUGGAAAUCGAUUAUAAACAGCAGGAGUAAUGAUAAGUACCUGAGAGAAAUAUAAUCAAACAAACAUAUUUAACAACAAAGACGUAUUUUCAAUACACACUCAACGUCGGGACAAAACAGUCUCACGAAAUGCUUUAUAGAAAGACAAGUUUAUAUGGUCCAAUGUGACAUGUACAUUACGUAAUCCAGUUGUUCAUUUUUUUUUUAUUAAAUUGUUAAAUAAGUAUGUAGAUUUAGCAUUCUAGUCUGUGUAGUCUGUGUAAAUUUUGUAGGAGUUAUUUUGUAUUAAUGAGGAACAAAACCUGGAAAUAAACAUGUAUCACAAUUUUUCUUUGUGUAUUGUUGAAUUGUGCGCCUUCUAUCUGUGAUAAAUUUAUAUAAUCUUUGCAUGUUUGUUUUCUAAAUAAAUAUGUUCCUUUUUA